AUGACGUCCCGCCCCGGCCUCGUCUCAAGGCCCUCCAGUGUUACCACACAGUCCAAGACAGUUGUCCUCGUCACAGGCGGCAACGCCGGUAUAGGCUACGAAAUCGUGCGCUCCCUCGCCGCGCUCCCCAACCACCAGAUCCUGCUCGGGGCGCGCGACAUCCUCAAAGGCGAAGCCGCCGCCGCCUCGCUAGGCGCCCCGCUGAACGUCAACCCCAUCCAGCUGGACAUCGACGACGACGCCUCCAUCGAGCACUGCGCCUCGGCCAUCGCGCAGCACUUCGGCAAGCUCGACAUCCUCAUCAACAACGCCGGCACCACGGGCCGCGAGGUCCCCGAGUCCACGUCCCCACGCGACAGGGGCAUGCACAUCUUCCAGACCAACGUCGUGUCCACGGCGCUGCUGACGGAGCGGCUGCUGCCGCUGCUGGAGCGCGCGACGCUGCCGAAGAUCGUGUUUGUGGGGAGUGGGGCGGGGAGUAUCGACAAGUUGACGGCGAGGGCGGAGGUGCCGGGGAAUUUCUUUUAUGGGUCGUCCAAGAGCGCGUUGAAUUACUUGGCCGUGCACUACGCGCGCAAGUUCCCGGAGUGGAAGGUCAAUUGCGUGUGUCCGGGGCUGAGGGCGACGAAGAUCAAUGACGUGGAGCUGAGCGAGGAGACGGAUCCGAAGCUCGGGGCCGUGAGGGUCGUGGAGUUGGCGAAGCAGGGCCCGGAGGGCGAGACCAUGACUUAUAGCAAUAGCGAGGGGCCGUUGAAGUGGUGA